AUGGGCGCCGCCGACAAGUGGCUGCUCCCGCUCGUCUCCGUCUCCUUCGUCUCGCUCCUGCUCUUCCUCUCCGCGCUCUCGGGCUUCUCCGCCUCCUCCACGCUCUUCGCGCGCCUCCCGCCGCCCUCCUACGUGCGCCGGGGCGCCGCCGCGCCGCCCUCCUUCGCCUACCUGCUCGUGGGCGGCCGAGGCGACGGCAGGAAGCUCCUGCGGCUGCUCCUCGCCGUCUACCACCCCAGGAACCGCUACCUGCUCCACCUCUCCGCCGACGCGCCGGCCUCCGAGCGCGCCGAGCUCGCCGCGGCUGUCGCGCGCGCCGCCCCCGCCGUGCGCGCCUUCGGUAACGUCGAUGUCGUGGGCAGGCCCACUGCGGGCACCCCAAUGGGCUCCUCCGGCCUCGCCGCCACGCUCCGCGCGGCCGCCGCGAUGCUCCGGCUCGAUGCGGAGUGGGACUGGUUCGUCACGCUCAACGCCGCCGACUACCCCCUUCUCACCCAGGACGACUUGAUUCAUGUUUUCUCCUCUUUUCCAAGGCACCUCAACUUUAUUGAUCACACCAGUGACAUUGGAUGGAAAGAGUCUCAGAGAGUGCAACCGAUUAUAGUAGAUGCCGGAAUAUACUUGGCAGGGAGGAAUCAGUUCUUCCAAGCCACAGAGAAACGGGACACUCCUGAUGGUUUCAAAUUUUUCACAGGUUCUCCAUGGGUCAUUUUAAACAGACGCUUUGUUGAGUACUGUGUUUUUGGUUGGGAGAAUCUCCCUAGAACACUCCUCAUGUACUUCACAAACGUGAUGCUACCUCUAGAGGGGUAUUUCCAUUCGGUUGCAUGCAACUCGGAUUUCCGCAAUUUUACAGUGAACAACGACUUGCGGUAUAUGGUGUGGGACAAUCCACCUCAGAUGGAGCCCCAUUUCCUAAAUGUUACACAUUAUGAUGAGCUAGUAGGGAGUGGGGUUCCUUUUGCCCGGAAGUUUAAGGAGAAUGAACCCCUGUUGGACAAGAUUGAUGAUAAAGUGCUUCGACGUUGGCGUCACAGACCUGUUCCUGGUGCGUGGUGCACAGGUAGAAGGAGGUGGUUCAGUGAUCCUUGCUCCCAGUGGAGCAACGUCAACAUUGUAAGACCUGGCCCUCAAGCUGAGAAGUUCCGAACAUAUAUAAACCAGAUUUUGGAAGAAUCAAAGUCAAGCAACAGCUCUUGCAAGCAAUAG